UACAUCGCGACAACGUUAAAACGUUAAGAAACCUUCAUUGCAAACAGCUGCAUUUCUACAUCGUCUGCAUAUGAUUAUAAAAAGUAACAUGGAAGUUGAAAUUGAUACUACAACCAGAAAUAGUAUUUGGAAGCGUUUGUCAAGAAACAUCAGUCAAAGCAAACUCGGAGAGUUCGCACGAGCUGUCAACAGAGUAUUUUCAAGCAUCAAGAUCUGCAGGAAAAGUAGUGAAAUCAAAGUUCCAUCUCACAAGUCGUCUGCAUUUGUUUAUCCAGAUGACAGAUACCUCUGUAAUGACGAAAUUCUGCGUCAGCUUGAGGUCCUAGAAAGAAGAUUCAAUCAACAGACAGAUAUUUUUGCCAGAGCACAAGGUAAAGAAGUUCAUUUCAAGAAAGCCAAACCAUACCACGGAGAUAUUUGCCCAGACAUCAAACCUGACCCUCUGCCAUUUCUCACGGCAACCAUACGUCCUGCCCGUUACACCGAGGAAAAGUUUACUGAGCUAGAGAAGUUGGUGGAGCAAGUAAAGGAGAGGAGAGAAAGAUUAGAUAGCCAUGUUCCAAACCAACAUUAAACAUUUAAACAGAAAUCUUAUCCUGAACUUGAUAUUGGACGAGCUGGCAGUUUUUUUAUUUAAUUUUUUUCUUUACAUCCAUAAACUUUUUUUCUGCCAAAAUACACAUUUAGUAUUGCUGGAA